AUAUCUCCAAUGCUAUUCACAGCAUGUUUACAGGAGGUAUUCAGAGACCUGGAGUGGGAAGAAUUGGGGAUAAAUGUUGAUGGAGACUACCUUAGCAACUUGCGAUUCGCUGAACGUCAACUUUCAUCGAGCGGCCGUGGCCGUACAUUGCGAGGAGGGGGUCUUCUGUGUUUGCCGCAAGAUGGCUCUGCGUGUGCGGAGAGCGCAGAAGAAAUUUAGCGGAAACGUACUUCGCUACUCGUGAAACUACGACUUCUGUAAGUUACAUGGUCAUAAUUACCGAUAUACACCGCAGUAUAACUAUCUAAGGCACGUUUAUAAGGCAACACCGCAUUCACUAGAGGCGGUUUUGUCCCGCUUUAAAGGAACGAACUCGUGGCUGAGGAAGAAGAAGAAGAGGCUUGUUGGAACAGCCACGUUUGCGAUGAGCUCCGCUGGAAACAGCGCAUCGGCCCUCGGCCGAGGAUCACACCCACCGUCAACUACUGAUUCCGGUAAUUAUAAAGUCGUUCUCCCUCGUCUACCGACUGGCAACACCGUUCUCAAUUCAGUUUUCCUGCAUGCUGACCUGGUAGGGCGGCCGUAUCGGGCCCCGGACUUUCGCGAUGCUCUCCUUUCAGUGCUAAAUGCAACUGAUAUCCUCGGCGCUGGACAAUACCAGAAGAGCCAUUUGUGGUUAGUCACAUGUGUUAACAGCAUCGCGAAACAGAAACUUGUCGACAAAGGCGAGUUGCUGGUGAAAGGCCUCAAGUGCCUUGUCAUAGACCCGGAAUGCAAAAAUAUCAAGAUGAAGCUUCUUUGGCUUCCCCCACACCUCGAACAUAGACGGAUUGUUGAAGCGCUAGAGCCAUAUGGCACAGUGCAGUCCAUCACGAGAGAAAUGUGGCGGUGUGACGGCAUGGAGGGCUGGCAAAUGACUAAUCGAGACGUCGCGUUCACAUUGAAAGAUGGGGUUUCUGCCAGUAAUCUGCCACAUCUAUUGAGCAUAUAUGGCCACCAGUGCCUUAUCUUGAUUCCUGGCCGACCACCACUUUGCCUCCGGUGCAACAGAGUUGGGCAUAUCCGGCGACACUGUAGAACACCGCGCUGCAGUAACUGUCACCGCUAUGAUCACCCUGCAGAUGCAUGCAUCGGAACCUACGCUGACAAACUUCGUGCAAAUAGACCAGCUGAGGAUGAUGCCAUCACCGAUCAUCUAAUGGACGUGAGCGAAGUUGUGGACGCAACUGGCGAAACACUCCCUGAGUCUCAUCGACAAGAACAGAUUAAGCCGUCAUCGGCUGACAUUAGCGUUAGCCAGAAGCCUGCGAGCGAGGAUGACACUAAGGCACCUGAUGACGAACCAACUGUGUCUUGGGCAGAAUCUCCACCAGUUCAAGAUCGCCCACCGUCAGUGGAAUCUGGAUCGAUGUGCGAGGCCGCCAAGAAGCGUCCACCGCCAUCCGACAAUCCAUCGCCCUCGGCAAAGGAGGCUCGCGUUCCCAAGGUGUCAAAGUUGACAAAACCGCUCCGGGGAACACCUACACCUGCUGAUGUACCUUGUGUUAACGUGCACAAGUCCAUAGUGCAUCACCUCAUCAAGAAGGGAGUGGUGCACCUCUGGAGCAGCGUUUAG